GCCGAGGCACUGCACACAACCCGCCCCUCCUAUUGGCCAGUUCAUCGUGCACCGCGCCUCUGAUUCACUCAAGAUGGCAGCCACGCUCGGUCUGAAGCGGCCGCGGCUGAUACCAUGGAGGUUAUGGCAGGCGUGGGGAGCUCCACAAGAUUCGACAUCGGGCCUGGGCCUGGGAGCGAGGACUUAUUCCCGGGGCGACGGCCCAUACUCGCGCACGGUGCUCUAUGAGCUGCUCGGCGUCCCUUCCACUGCCACACAGGCGCAAAUCAAGGCGGCCUACUAUCGGCAGAGCUUCCUCUAUCAUCCCGACCGCAACUCGGGGAGCGCCGAGGCUGCCGAGCGCUUCACGCGCAUCUCCCAGGCCUACCUGGUGCUGGGCAGUGCCACACUCCGUCGCAAGUAUGACCGCGGCCUGCUUAGCGACGAGGACCUGCGCGGACCUGGCGUCCGGCCUUCCAAGACGCCCUCAGCUGACCCUGCCCCGUCCCGCGCCCCGCCGGCCGCCUCUCGGGCCUACGGUGGUGGUCGCGCCGCUCCGGGCGCCAACCGCACCAUGUUCGACUUUGACGCUUUCUAUCAGGCGCACUACGGGGAACAGCUAGAGCGCGAACGGCGUCUAAGGGCCCGGCGGGAGGCCCUUCGCAAGCAGCAGGAGGACCGGGCCAAGAAGGACUUCGACUGGGACGAGAUCCGAGACACGGUGUUAAUUUUCUUUUUCUUCACAAUCUUCGUCAUCAUCGGCUUUCGUAUUUAAUCGGAGAGAGGAGGGAAGGGGAGCAGCCCCAUCCAGCCCCAAGAAAACGACUUUCCAUAGUCUACCUCUGCUGGGGACCGAAGGAACUGCACACCCUCGCCCUCCCCCACCCGCCCAUCUUAGCCAGUGACCUGCACAUCCCUCCCCUUCGUCCAGAAAAGGAGGCUUGUGAUGGCCUAAGAGGCCCCAAGCUGAAGAGUCCCGAAAGCCCGGGAGUGAAGGGUUUUCUGGAGUCCCGUGGGUGCCUGCUUCCAGAGGUUGCCUUCCCGGUGUUGUUAACUUCUGGAACUCUUGCUCUGGUUUUAUCGUAAAGCCCUGAGCAAGCUUUGUCUUCUCCUGCCCCAUGUUUGUACCAUGGGGUUCCUCUGUAACCUUGAAACGUGCAAUGUGACCAAUUGUUGGCUGCCAAAAGAAAAUGGGGUUGUGAGAAA